AGCGCGCGCGCAAGUGCAGUUGAAUUUGCGGUAAUUUUGAAAGACCCUUUUUGAAAGUGUUGGACUCUCUUUUUGGCAAAGCUUUUUCUUCAUUCAAAACACAUUUGAAUUGAAAGAAGUAAUUAAGGUUAUCUGCAGAAUUGAGAGGGAAGGACAAUGGCGUCCACAAAGGAUCAAACAUGCAACGCCACCGAUUCUCUGAAGAAAGGAAACUCAGAUUUUCUCACCCCCGUUCAUCCAGCGAAGAGAAGUCGACUCUCUGUGGCCACUCCCGCCCGGAACUCUCCCGCUAACACGAUACAGAUCCCCGCCUCGCCGUUUAUGAAGAAGCUGGGCUGGGGGACUGGUGUGUCAGUUUAUUUGCUGGAAAGGAGCCCAAAGCCUGAUGGGAGUGGACGUUCACCCUGGGCAGUGAAGAAAGUACGCAGCAAGUAUAAAAAAGAUAGAGGACUGGUAGAUGUAGAAGGCAGGCUUAAAAAGGAGGCAGUCAUUCUAAAGAAAAUGGACCACCCUUGCAUUGUGGAAUUCCGAGCUCUAAGCAAGUCUGCGGAUGGAUCACUGUGUCUGUCAAUGGAGAAUGGCCAACAGUCAUUGAUGGAUAUGAUUGAAAAACGCAACGACAUGGGGAAAGGUCCAUUCCCAGCUGUUCAGAUCUACAAAGUAGCCCUGUCCCUAGCAUCAGCCCUCAGUUAUCUUCACAAUGACCUCAAGUACCUACAUGGUGAUCUGAAGAGCGGCAAUGUCCUCGUCAAGGGCGACUUUGAGACUGUCAAGCUCUGUGAUUUUGGAGUAGCCCUCAAACUCAGAGAUGACCUGAACGGCCUGGAGAAUCCUACAGAUGACUACAUUGGCUCUCAGCCCUGGAAUGCAAUGGAAGUUCACAUCGGUGGUGAAAUCACCCAUAAGACAGACAUGUUCUCAUAUGGCCUUGUUAUCUGGGAGAUGAUGUCCCUCCAAGCACCCCAUCUGGAUCUUCUCUAUAGUGGAGAUGACAGCGAGUAUGACGAUGACGAGACCAGCUUUGAUGAGUCUGAGUUUGAGGCAGCUCUCGGGACCAGGCCCCCACUUCCCAAGGAGAACCUGGGACCCGAGUUCCAGUCCCUCAUUGAGCUCUUCUGUGCCUGUACCGACGAGGAUCCCGCCAAGAGACCCAGCGCUAAGAUGGCCCUUUCUGCUUUGGAGGACGUGAAGCUUUAACCCGAUAACCCAGAUAAAGCUAUCUGUGAACACGUCGACGUACUGAAUAUUUCAUGCUGUGGACAACUUCUAUAUGUAGACAUUCUUGGACACCUGUCAUCACUUUGGCUUCGUUGGGAAAGGACGUCAUAAAGGCAACGCCAUCAUCAAUCAUUGGAACGCCUAUAGCCACGUCGUCCGGAUCGGGCCAACGAAGUUCACUCCCUUUGCAUCUUUAAUGUCUAAACCGUCCAUUAACAAGUAACAUCCAUAUAAGAACUUUUGCAUCUAUGGAUUUACUAUUGUAUCGAUGUCUAAUUAUCGAGACUGGAUCAAAGUAGGUAGGCCCACUAUGUAAUGGAUUUUUGUAUUAAGUUGUUCAAUGUAAAUGGCGUAUGUGUCCAUUCCCUCUAAAUAUGGAAUCUUCAGACAAGAAUAUGCUUUCAUUUCUCCGUGAGGAGGUGAAUUGCGCAAUUUGUUUAAAUCAGCUUAAAAAUCCGCGAUUACUCAUAUGUAUCCACAGUUUCUGUGAGGAUUGCCUAGAGACAUAUUACAAGAAAGAAAACCAUAGCGUUGGAAAGAUCGCAUGUCCGGUCUGUGACGAAGACACUGUUUUAUCCGAUGCGGGAAUAUCCGGACUGAGGCGUGAUUUUCGCGCCAUCGGUCUGAUAGAAAGAAUGGCGAAAGAUAAAGAAAAGAUGCAGCAGCAGAAGGCAAAGAAUGGACUACAGCUGUGUGAGGUUUGUGGUCAUGUUGAGCAAGCAUCAACUUCCUUCUACAACUGCCAACAAUGCAAGUUAGCUUUGUGCAAUGAGUGUGGGGCGGCGCAUAAACAUCCUGUCCGUUUAAGUACGCAUCAUGUACAUGGCGACGGGUUAGAUCUGCAAGAUUCUGAUGAUCAAGAUAAGAUGAUCUUCUGCGAGAAACAUGAAGGAAAUAAGAAAGAGCUGUUCUGUAAGUUAUGUCUCGUACCGGUAUGUGAUCUUUGUUCUAUCACAGACCAUCCUGUACAGCAGAACCAUGAUUGUAUCAAGGUUGAAGAUUUCGUCCCUAUGAUGCGUAAAGAAAUACAGUCACGAUUGUCUAGACUGACUAAAGCAUACCUAAUAUGUUGGACCACCAUUUAUUCGAUUAGGAACGCAGAAAAAACUGCCGAGGCACAGAAAGAUGUCCUUAAUAGUGCAAUUCAUUUUGGCAUGGAAAAAUAUGAAAUGAAUCUGAAAGCUAGGAAUACAGCCUUUUUGAACUUACGGAAUCAAACUUUUAGUCAGUGGACAGAGAUAAUCGAAGAAAGAGCUGAAAACAUAGAAAAAAUUCGGUUGAAAGCAAAAAGAACACUUGAGGAAAAUAUAAAGUUCGCUUUAAUUGCUUCCAUGCACAAAGACCUUCUGGCAUCCUGUGAUAGCAUUCUCUCUCAGAAUCCAGAUAAAUUUAUCUGCAGAGAGAUAAAGAAAAUCAUUGGAGAAAAACUGCUCCAUUUCAGAUUGACAGACAGAGGGCCUUCAUUCGAACCUUUGCUCACGAUCCAUGAAAUAUUUGACAAAAAAGAUUUAUACGUCAUGUCCGUAUCAGAUGUUAGCAGAAUGUUGGCCGUAACAUUUACCUAUGAUAAUCGAAUAGCCAUUUUGUGUUACUUUACUGGACCUUCUGCGUUUCCAACUAACACGGACAUUAGCCAGAAUCCUAAGAGUUUGUUCAAAACUUCAGUGUAUCGGUAUGAUACGACGAAUUAUUGCGCCAUACAACAAACUACAGCAUCCCCACGAGUGGCGACUAAAUUCGGAAUAGAAACAAGACUCGAGGAGAAGUUUCAUUCAAGUAGCUCUGAAUCGAGCUUUGCAUCACUAUCAGACCUAAGAUUUGUAUUAGGCGAUGGCAAACUGGAUGGAGACGUAUACCGCAUCACAAAUGUACCAAGCCCCAUUUCAGACAUCGCCACUGACCUCAAAGACAACAUUUACUGCAGUGUUCCAAGUUGCAAACAAAUAUGCGUAGUUCGUAGCGAUGGACCCCAUUUCAAAGCGAUUCCUACUGGGAACCUAAAGCCAGAACAGAUUGCAGUGUGUCCUCAUAGACCGAACCAGGUCAUAUUCACCCACGACUCUUCAAAAGUGUCAGUUGUCGACAUGAGUGGGAAGCUUCUGAGAACCAUCACCCGUCCGGAAUGGAAAGAAGUAGCUAUUGGAUGCGACAACGACAGUAUACUCUACGUCCUCUGGAAGAACAAAGCAGGGUUGAGGACUCUACAGAGGUUCUAUUUGAAUGGAGACCCGUUCAUGGAUGCUGUCUUUCAAGAAGAGAAACAUGACUGUACAAGACUUCUUCUGGCAGUGUCCCCUGGAGGAGAUGUAGCUGUUGUUACCAGGAAAGACAAUGUGAUGCUGAUUACGACUAAGCGUGAAUUCACUGGCGAAGAAACUUCCUUGAAACAGGUCUGACAAUGAAGGUGGCACUUCUCCCAACCAUCGCAUAAGCUUGCUUCCCCCAUGGAGUACAGGAAAACGGGGUUGUGGAGAGGAGCCUGAUCCAAAUCUGUUAAAUAGGAAGUCUAUACUGUCUUUGAAAUGUUGUGGUGGUGGCAUGAUCUGUCCAUGAUUAUGCCUUGGGACGGCUGUGUCUCUGGCAAUGCGUUAAUUGUCAUUCAGACCAUUUCUUAUAUACUUUGCCCAAUAUCCAUUUACGCAAAUCCAUUUCGUCAGGGGUGGCACAACGGGGCGGGGGGUACAAGUAGUAAAAAGGGGAGGGGAAGGCCGGGGAAGAAAGGAGGUAGAAAUCAUGAAAAGGAGAGCUUUUCACCGUUUGACCGAUAUUGUUCGAUUGAAGACGAUCAUAAUGCCAUCAUUUUUAACGUGUCUUGACCCAUCAAGAUAGACCAUUUUAGCAAUCACUUCGCCGACGCUUUCUAUAACACUGAUAAUCUUUUGUCAAAAACCCUUCAUAACAAAGAAGUCUAUGUCGAAACCGGUGAAUCAAAAAAGCAGUGUUGUCAUUGACUCUGGACAUGUCCUCUGACUUGUUUGCAAUAUUUCGUCCAGUCCGAAUCUUAAGACGGUGUGCUGUUUAGGUCCACCCACUUUCGACAAUGACCUCUAAUCUGUCCAUUGUGAUUUGACGGGCAUUUCCAGUAGAUUCUUAUAACGUUAAAAAAUUGCGAAGUGAAUGCUAAAUACGCUGAUACCCUUGGGUCACGUAUAUUAUGUCGAUAUAGGAUCUAGUGUAGAUUUAUAUGAUUAAAUGUGCUGUUUAUGAACCAAAUUUUCAUUGUGUAAUCAUUUUGGGCGUUGGAUCAAGUGACAGUUCAAGUGAGUAUUGUUGUACCAAUCUUUGUAAGAUGGGCCCCAUGGCUCCGUCUUUAAGAGUUACGAUUGAUCCGAUCAAUCGCAAUUCUAUGGAAAUCCAGUAUUGCCAUUAUUUUAUAAAAGAAAAUUUUAAAAUGUACUUUGUAAACAAAAAUAAGCACAUUGAAUUUCCAAGGAAACCAUGGAUGUAUGAAUACAUCAUAAUUAUUAAGAAAAUAUUUUGAACAAAGAUCCAUUUCAGAUGUUGACAUUCCUGGCUUUCCAUAGUUGUGAUUGAUUGGAUCAAUCGUAACUCUUUGUAAUACGGAGCCGUGGACUCUGGACGACGAUGAUAUAUUUGCAAUUGUUCGUCUGGUCCGAAUCUGAAGGUGAUGUGUUGUCCCGGUCCACCAACUUUCGACAAUGACCUCUAAUCUGUCCAUUGUGAUUUGACGGGCAUUUUCAAUAUAUACUCAACGUCACAGGAAGCGUCUGCGAAGUGGUGCAUAAAUAAACGCUAUUGAUAGAAGCAUCUAAGAAUAGAGAAAAAAGGGAUUGCCUCAGAAGUUUAUCCAUGUAUUACACAUUUUGUGAUGUGAUUUUGAUGUUCAUGUAUUAUGUAUAUUGCUUCGGUAAAUUUUUUUUUAAUCGUAACGCUGAUAGAUUGCCAGUUACCAGCUUGUUCAUCAAAAAAAAUUGUUAGAACCAUGUAGUCAACAUUAUCCUAAUCUUAUUUUUAUUGUUAAAUGAAGAAAAAUGAGAAUACAUAUUUAGAGUGCAUUUCGACGAUUCUUAGGUCCUUUUAUAUAAACUUGGUUGCAUGUUUUAAUUGCAGAUACUUCAGUUAUAUGUGCAGGAUAUUACCAUAGGGACCAUGUUACUCCUUUUCCGUCUUUCCUUGCUGUAUAAUGAUAUCCGAUUUAUCUUACUGUACUCACAUUAUGAUAGCGCCCUUUUCCCCACUGUUGCGCGAUCCUUAACGAAAGCCACGAUUGGCCGUUCGUAACUGAUCGCGAACAUCAUUCAAAAUCUUUCUACGAUCAACAAGAGUACCACGACUUUUCUGAUACGAUCUGAUAAGAUCACUACGAUUAUACUCCACGAUUAAGUACGCCGUUUGAGUCGUGGCGCAAAUCGUGAUAGUAGGAACUAGGUAUGGCAUAGUUAUACUCGAUUUGUUAAGACUUCGUGCAUAAAGUCAAUGAAGUAGUGCCCAAUGUUUCCUAUGUUCAUUACAUCUAUUUUAAUGAAGAAAUUAUAAAUCAAUAUAUAUUUCCAAUACAUGUGUAUCAUUAUACAUCCAUUUCCAUUAUACAUCCAUUUCCAACCUGAUAUGUAAUAAUCUUGAAUAUAAUUUUUGUACAGGGAUACUUGAAAUAUGUUUUGUUAUUUAUAUGUUUAAAUGUACAAAACAAACUGUAAUUGUUGAAAAUGGAAAUAAACGAAAUG